AUUACACCCAACCCCGCGACAUGGCGCCAGCUCCGGGGACCCAAGCCAUGUACGCCAAAGAGGAGCGUGUACUCUGUUUCCACGGAGAAUUACUCUACGAGGCCAAAGUGCUCGAAGCCCGGCCAAAAGACCCCGACGACAAGAAUGCAGGCCACAAGUAUCGCGUCCACUACAAGGGCUGGAAGAAUACUUGGGACGACUGGGUCCCGCAGGAGCGAUUACGGAAACUCUCGGAAGAAAACAAGGAGCUCGCACAGAACCUCAAGAAGGACAUGGAGGCUCAGAGACGAGCAGCGGCCGGUAUCUCAGCACGUGGGAGCGAAGAUCGAAGUUCUGUCGCGCCGCCACCUCCACCACGAGGAGUGAAGCGUUCGAGAGAUAUGGAGGGAAUUGAAAAGGAAGAGGAGUUUGUGCGUCGUCCUGCUGUGCGGCUUUUCAUUCCUGAUACUCUGAAGUCUAUUCUCGUGGACGACUGGGAAAAAGUGACCAAGGACCAAAAACUGGUGCAGAUGCCAGCACCUACGCCUAUCAAUCAGUUCUUGGAAGAGUACUACCGAUUCGAGAGCAAGCAUCGCAGAGCUGGAUCUGCAGACGCAGAGAUCUUGGAAGAAGUCAUUGCCGGUGUUCGAGAGUACUUCAACAAGUGCCUUGGUCGCAUCCUCUUGUACCGAUUCGAGCGCCCUCAAUACUACAAAGUUCACAAGGAGCUCGAGGCGGGGUCUGGAGAUCAUGCCGGCAAGACUCUGUGCGACAUGUACGGCUGCGAGCAUCUUCUCAGACUCUUCGUGUCCAUGCCAGACCUCAUUGUUCACACCAACAUGGACACACAGUCGGUCAGCCGUCUCCGAGAGGAAUUAGCAAAGAUGACGCAGUGGCUGGCCAAGCAUAUCGAGACCUAUCUUGCCGCCGAAUACGAGCAUGCUGGGCAGGAGUAUGUCGACGAGGGCAAAAAUGGCGCCUGAGGCUACUUGGCGCUCCAACUGUAACUACAACAACACUAUGGCGUUUGGCGUUUGGCGUUUGGUGCAUUGCGCGCAAGCUUACAUGUAGUUGAAAAAGCAGAGCAGAAACUUGAUUGUUCAUUUGUGUC